UUUCUUCCAAUGUUAGAAGUCACAUGCUUACUAUUAAACCGCUGAAGAAUGAAGAAGCAUGGGAUCUUUUUUGCAUGAAAGCAUUUUUCAUCAAUCCAGAUAAAUCUUGUCCAGAAGAACUUAAACCUCUAGCAUUAGAACUGGUGGGAAAAUGUGAUGGACUACCUCUUGCAAUUGUGGCUUUAGGUGGUGUCAUGUCCUCCAAAAAGUCAACAAGUGAGUGGAGUAGUGUUUGGGACAGCUUGAAUUGGCAACUGAACAAUAAUCCAAGGCUAGAAAUAGUCAAGAGCAUUUUGCUGCUUAGUUUCAAUUACUUGCCAUCUCCAUUAAAGUAUUGUUUCUUGUAUUGUUGCCUCUUCCCAGAAGACUAUAAAAUUCGACGGGAAAGGCUCAUUAGACUCUGGAUAGCGGAAGGAUUUAUUCAGAAUGUUGACAGGACUACACCAAAUGAAGUUGCAGAAAGGUAUUUCAUGGAACUAACACUUUGUAGCAUGCUUCAAGUUGGAAGCAGAAAUGCAUGUGGGAGACCAAGAGCUUGCCAGAUACAUGAUCUUUUGCGUGAAAUUGGUAUAUCAAUGUUGGAGAGAGAGAAGUUUGGUGUAGUAUAUGAUGGAAAAAUAAAGAUUAAAGAAUGCCAACUUCAUCAAACUCGUCGCUUGUCUAUUCAAAUAACUAAUGGAGACCUUCAGUCAUAUGGCAAUAUGAGACGUCUUCGUUCACUACUUGUCUUUGUGGAUAGUUUUGUGUCUUUCUCGAACACAUCAUUGUCAAAUUUAAAAUUAAUGAGGUCUUUGGAUUUGGAAAAUGUCGCGAUUAAUAUUUCACCAGAAGGGUUGGGGACUCUAUUCAACUUAAGGUACUUGAACUUGAGAGGAACCUAGGUGCAAAAACUUCCCAAAUCUAUUGAAAAACUGAGAAAUCUUGAGAGUUUAGACAUCAUAAAUACAAAUGUAAAAGAACUUGAGUGAAGUAGCUGAGUUCCGAGUGAAGUAGCUGAGUUACAGAACUUGUAUCAUCUGAUUAUGUGGAGCAAGAGGAUUGCAAAUAACUUGGGAGAUUUUUUGUAUUUGAAUGGAGUGCAAGUAACAUUUAAAAUUAGCAAAUUGAAGAAAUUGCCAGUCUUGUAUUAUAUUGAAGCCAAAGGUGACAUAAUACGACAACUUGGGAGUAUGACCCAACUGAGGAGAAUGGGCAUUUUAAAUUUGAGAGAAGCAGAUGAGCAUGACUUGUGCUCUUCAAUCCUGAACUUGAAACUAAUACGCACCUUGCGUCUCUGUGUGAAUAAUGAAGCAGACUUCCUUCGAGUGGAUGCACUGGAAACACCCCCACCCCAACUUCAAAAGCUUGGUUUGCAUGGGAAACUAGAAAGGGUGCCACAUUGGUUUUGCUCACUUCAAAACCUAACAUCAUUAGGAUUGCUUGGGUCUAGAUUGGAGGAAGAUCCACUCCCUCAUGUUGCAGUGCUACCCAAUUUGGGACGCGUUACUCUAAUUAAUUCCUUCGUCGGAGAAAAUCUACAUUUCUACGGUGGAUUUGCUAAGCUUAAAGAGUUAUACUUGUUUAAGUUCCCUCAACUGAAAGGAAUUAUUAUAGAGAAGGGGGCUAUGCCAGAUAUCCAGAAAUUGUGGAUUGAUUCCUGCUUUGCGUUGGAUGCAGUGCCUCAAGGUAUCGAAUUCCUAACCAAUCUUCAAAUUAUGUGGUUAACAAACUUUUCUUCAAGUCUUAUAGAUUUGAAAAGUAUAGAUCAUUCAAAGUUGCAGCACAUCCCAAAUGUCAAUAUCAUUGAUACUAUAGGUGAGCUUCCACAAGCACAAACACACCUCUGUCCUUAUUCUAAGGAUUUGAAAUAACAUUUUAGAUUGAGGAU